ACAGGUGCAAAUUGUGAGGAGAAUGUCGACGAGUGUAUGUCAAAUCCAUGCCAGAAUGGUGGACACUGUCGUGACCGUAAUAAUGGCUAUACGUGUACAUGUCAACCCGGCUAUUUGGGAGAUCACUGUGAAGUUGAUGUGGCUGUUUGUGAAACGGGCACCGGUGCUCGCUGUCAAAAUGGUGGUGAAUGCCUCGAAGGACCCGGACUCGAAUUCUAUUGCGAAUGUCCGGCCGGUUGGCAUGGCCGAAUUUGUCAGGAUGAAAUCAACGAAUGUGACUCAUCGCCGUGCCAAAACGGUGGCAUGUGUGUGGACAAAUUGGCCAGUUAUGUGUGUGCCUGUCCCAUGGGCUAUACGGGGACAAAUUGCGAAGAAGAGAUCUUAAUUUGUGCCGAUAAUCCAUGCCAGAAUAAUGCCUUGUGCCUAAUGGAGGAGGGGGUGCCGACAUGUUAUUGUGUGCCCGAUUAUCACGGUGAGAAAUGUGAAUAUCAAUAUGAUGAAUGCCAAUUGGGUCCACGUUGCAUGAACGGUGGCGUUUGUAUUGAUGGUGUCGAUACGUUUUCGUGUUCGUGUCCACCACUGUUGACGGGUAUGUUGUGUGAGUGUCUGAUGAUUGGUGAAGAUUCGUUAGAUUGUAACUAUACGGCACCAGCGACCACGGCACCACCCACUCUCAAACCUAGGCCGACAGCGGAAUUGACAACUGUGAAAAGCCCAUCAGAGGAUACCACAUUAUCGGGUCAUGGAGGGGGAGGAGGAGCGGGAGGAGUAGAAGAUGUUUCGGAGUCUGUAUCAAAGUCUCAUGAAGAAGGAGAAACAGAAGAGGAAGAUGAGGAUGAUUUGAGGGGACAUGAUAAGACCAAGGGAGGUGAAGACGGAGAAGAUUCACUGGAGAGGCCUAGUACCAGACCCAGUGGUACAGGCAGUGGCACUGAUGAACAGGUAUCUGCUACCACAGCAAGUACCCAUCUUUUACAUGAAUCCACCUCGGCAUCAGAUGAAGACGAUGAUGAGGGUCAUGUAUCAUCCGCCGGAACUACAGAAACUCCCAGCACACAUGAUAGACCAAGUUCCGAAUUACCCGGCCAUGAAGAAACUGAAGACGCGGAUCACUCUGGAGAAGUAACAGCUACCACUGCCACCCAUUAUGAUGAGACAAGUGGCAGUGAUGAAAUCUCUUCAACAGUUAAACCCAUAACACCGGGACGGGGUGGAGAUGAAUAUACCACAGUUCCACUCUCCGGAGAAUCUGAUGGGGAAGAUGCCACCAGUCAAAGUGAUGAAGAUCAAACGAGUAUUUAUGUACAUCCCACGAGACCCAUUUACACUCACCAUCAGUACACCACGGUGGAGACAAGUAUAGGAAUUGAAUAUUCGACAUCCAAAUACAGUUAUGGUAUGCCAACAUAUUAUCCAACAUUGGAGAUUCCACAUGUAACCUCCAAGCCAGAAUCUGAUAGUCAUGUGAGACCACCUGGUACAGAAAAACCUGAAACGAAAUCUUCGUCAUCCGAAGAAGAUGGAGGAGAUCAUGAUUCCGAUGAUCGUUUGCCAACAACACCACGUUUUGUGAUUCGACCCGAAAUAGCCACCACAGCUGCGCCAUUCUUUACCGAAUACCCCGAAGUGGUAGUGACAACAAAAUACAUGGAUCUUAGCCCUGCUGGAGGACAUGCACCCACAACACAAUCACCCAUGCGUGGACCGUCCUACACAGUGACAACCAUCAGCUCAUCAUUUGAUUACGAAACAAUUGAAGUGUCCACAAUGAGUCCUGGCAUAUCGGUUACUGUACACAUACCCGAAAAUCGUACCUACCAUCCGUACACCCCACUAACAACGCUGGCGCCCAGUACCUCGAUUUAUCAUCCGGCCACAACAUAUGUUAGCAAAACAGAUUAUGAGACAACACCCCAUUAUCAAGGGCCACCAACGUCACAUCCCUUGCCACAUCAUCCGGAUGCACCCACAACAACAGGACAUUCACUAUAUACCGAAGACCAUCAUUAUCAUCAUGGUACCACAACCGUGUCACCAUCGUCGUCCUCAGCAGGAGGACCAGGAGGAGCCGGUGGAGCAGCAGCAACAACAUCUGCCACACAAACAUCACAACAUAUGCCCGAUGUGCCAAUGACAACAACAGCCGCCACAAUGACCACCGUAUUAGGUGGACAGGGAGGAAUGGCCACAACACAAGGUCCCCGCGUGGCAACGACCACAGAGUACAAGCCAAUUAUAACAUAUGUGCCACCAACAACGUACAGUGUACCCACCUAUCGACCGGCCACAUCUCCACCGGCAACAUCGGCGCCAGCCACCACAAAGCCACCAACAUUAACAACUUUACCUCCUCCGCCCCCACCACCAACAUCACAAUAUCCGCAAUCGUCGCAUGUACCAAGUGAAACAUCCCCCACUUCAGCUGCCCCAGCAUAUGGUACACAAAUUCCUGUUGUUUCUUCGAAAUACCCUCCGGUCACCGAAGCAAGCAGUGAAGAGGAGGAAAGCGCAAAUACCGUUGGAACUGGUUUGGGAGUACCGACAUCAGGUGGUAGUACAGAUAUUGAACCACACACCGAUUGUAUUAAAAUGGGUUGCUAUAAUGGUGGAACGUGUGUCACCACAUCGGAGGGAUCAAGGCUGGCGAUCUAUAAUGAUGAACCAUGGCAAAAACCCACCCCAUCUGGCGAGCAAUAA